ACGGCUGAAGCUUAAGCUUUGCUUUUCCGCAGCUUUGCCCUGCCCUCCUGAGCCGGAGGUUCUGAGCCCUGGGAUGUAACGUGCAGGAUGGGAGGUCGGUUGUGAGCCCCCACCUCCCCCAGCCGGACCGAGCGGGGCCCCCCUCCCCCGGGCAGGAUGGAGGAGGAGAGCAUGGAGGAGGAGGGGGGCAGCAGCAGCAGCUAUGAGGCCAUGAUGGACGAUCAGAACCAUAACAACUGGGAGGCCGGUGUGGAUGGCUACAGGCAGCAGCACCCUGCGGGCCAUGCCCAGGCCCCCCUCGGGGACAGGGCCCUGCAGCUGCCCGCGGAUAGGAAGGGCCACAGGGGGCAGCAGGAGGAGGAAGAGGCCCAGAUGGUGCCAGAAGCCAAUGGCCUGAUGAAGGGCUGUGACUCUGCAGGGGCUGCUGGCAAGGGAGGAGCCGUCGCUGCUGCCAUCAUCAACACCUCCACCUCCAAGUUCUUAAUGAAUGUUAUAACCAUUGAAGAUUAUAAGAGCACAUAUUGGCCAAAGUUGGACAGUGCCAUAGAUCAGCUUUUAACUCAGAGUCCUGGUGACUACAUCCCCAUCUCCUAUGAACAAAUAUACAGUUGUGUGUAUAAAUGUGUAUGCCAGCAGCAUUCGGAGCAGAUGUAUAGUGACCUAAUAAAAAAGAUAACUAACCACUUAGAGAGAGUCUCAAAGGAGCUGCAGGCCAGCCCUCCAGAUCUGUAUAUUGAAAGAUUUAACAUAGCUCUUGGACAAUAUAUGGGAGCAUUGCAGAGCAUUGUGCCUCUUUUCAUAUAUAUGAAUAAAUUUUACAUAGAAACCAAGCUUAAUAGAGACUUAAAAGAUGACCUUAUAAAGCUGUUUACGGAACAUGUUGCAGAAAAGCACAUUUACAGCCUAAUGCCUUUACUUUUAGAAGCUCAGUCAACACCGUUUCAAAUAACCCCUUCGACCAUGGCAAAUAUUGUGAAAGGCCUGUAUACACUUAGACCAGAGUGGGUUCAGAUGGCACCAGCUUUAUUUUCUAAAUUCAUCCCAAACAUUCUCCCCCCUGCUGUGGAAUCUGAGCUUCAAGAAUAUGCCGCUCAAGACCAGAAACUUCAAAGAGAGCUUAUGCAGAAUGGAUUUACCAGAGGUGACCAGUCACGCAAGAGAGCUGGAGAAGAGUUAACUUACAAUGGCUCAUCAGCAUGUGCAAGCUCCAGAGGGUACAGAUAAUGAAUAUACCGGAUGUGCUUUUAUUCCUAGCCAGAACAGACACUGGAGGAGCACAAAUGAUAUCCAGAGCCUCAGCUGGGGUCUGCUGAUAUUCAGGAGCUCAGUCACAAGUUAUACCUGGAAGAGGAGUUUGGACUUUCUUCGUUAUGUAAUAAAAUGUCAGUUGCUGCUACACUUGGGAUAACUUUGAAAGACAUGACUCUUUGGUUUGGUCUCUCAGCAAGUUCUUAUUCUCUGAUUCCGUGAGGAAUGCGCCUUGAAAAACAGAUAAUUUCUAAGUGAAAAUUGGCAGCCAAAAUCAGCAGCUUCCUCCAAAAAUGUUAGAAUGGAAGAAUCUUUUUUGCACUCUUGUUUUUUUAUUAUGGACAUUCUUUAAACUAAUUAACACAUCAGUGUAUUAGUUUUAAAACUUCAAGGUAUUUUCUGAAGCUUUUACUUAAAUAAUAAGAAUAAAGAUUUGUUACUUUGCAGUAUUUAUUAUUCAGUACAAAGUGACAGCAGCUUUAAGAGUUGGUCCUUUCUAAAUAUAAUUCUGACAAUGAGUUUUUGAUUCCGGAUUUGUUUCUUCCAUCUGUUCUUUCCUAACUUCUUUUCCUUUUUUUGUAUGUUUUUUGACUCUGUGCCUUCAGCUUGUGCACUUGGCAACUUUACAGACCAUAUUUGGUGAAUGCAAAAUGUGUUCUUAAGGAAAAGCUUGCGGUAUUGUGAACAAAUAUGCUGCAAAGUCACAAGUUUCUCCUGCAUUACUAGGAUAUGAAUUUAGAAAGGAAGAAAAAGUUUAACCUGACAGUGUCACUGAUAGUGACUUGGCCCCCUUCCCACUUUGUGUUUUUCAAGUGUUUAUUUAGUAUUAAUGGUGGGACCAACUCUUGCAGAAACAUCCCUCUGCCCCCUCCCCCGUCCCUUUUCUGGUGAGUUUGUUGGCCUCCAUAGUUAUUACAAUAGAUCAAUGUGAACUCCAAAAUGAAUGUAAUGCCAUGUUUUGUUUUGUGUGUUAUUUUGGAACAUUAGCUGCCACAGCUGAGAGUUGGAUUAUGAGCAAGAUUCUUCAGUCUGUUAAAUUAUGCGAUAUGCCCCUCUGGCAGCACUGAGCAGACUUAAACCUGCCGUAGUUGGUAGGUGGAUGACAGCACCCAUGCAGGGCUGCCGGAGUGGCUCUGACAGGCUACCAGCAUAGGGAGUGUGACUGGGGAAAAGGGAUAUGGCCCUGCAUCCAAACAGCCGAGCGCAAGAUACACAGCACUGUUCAGGAUCAGGGAGAUACCAAGGUGAUGUAAUGCAUAUGUGCAUGCAUACACCCUCUUCUAGACUUGUGCCAAGCUUAGCUAGGCUGGUCUGGUAAAUCUGGACCUGUAGUCUUAAUCGUAAUGGUUAGGAGAUGAGUUUCAGUCAGCAGUAUGGGUAAUCGAAUCCAAUUAAUUUAAAUAGAGAGAGAAAUGUACCUGCAAAAGUAAUUUUGAUUCCAGAUUCCUUUUGUCAUCUUUAGUUAAGAAGAAAAAAAAUAAAACCUUUAGUGAUAUCAGAAACCUUUCUGAGCUGAGGCAGAAGUGUAUCCACAGUUCUGUCACACACGGCUGUCGUACCUUUAGAGAGAUUCUCUAAGCUUGCAUGAGUUGUCUAUAGAUUGCAGGAAAAAGCAAAAUAUACAUGUGGCAGUGACAAAGAGUUCUUUUCUUUCCAAUAUUGCUUUGUAAACAGACUGUAUUCCCUUCAUGUUUAAAUUGAGAGUCAGAGAUUCCAAAGCCAGAGGGGACUAUUAUGAUCAAGUAGUCUGACCUCCUGUAUAAGACAGGCCACAGAACUUCCC